AAAAACCCUCAUCGAUUUAACGAACAAACACAGUUAAUAAUUCUAAAUGUGUUGGCUUUCUUUCAAAUUGAACAGGAACAAGUUCGGAAUGGCAUACCACUAGACAUCAACAAUGUUAUACAGCGAACUGCACAAGCAACGAAAGUCAGCCCAACAACCAUUUCAAAUUUGAGAAAAAAUGGUGUAAAAUCCGACAAAGAUUACGCAUCUAAUGUCUCUACCAAGCAAAAGAUUAACAAGACGAAAAUCACAGAAUAUUUGAAGAAUAAAAUUCGGGAUACAAUCUAUUAUAUUGUACUCCCAAAAGGAAUAUGUUACACUGGCAACUAUUAGACAAAAAUUUCUGGAGCAAAACGAAUAUUUUCAAUUUUCCAUUGAUUCAUUGAGAAAGUGGAUCAAAAGUAUGGGUUUUAAAUGGAAGAAGUCCAAUAACAGAAAAUAUCUUAUGGAUUUACCGGAUAUUGUCCACAAACGAAUAAAAUUCUUAAGGGAGUACAUUGAAAACAAAAAUUUGGGACAUGAGGGUUAUACUCCGGUUUUUAUGGAUGAAACCUGGAUAUUUAGUAAGGGAUCAUUUCGAAACAGCUGGCAAGAUGAUACUAAGCACACGGAAUCAAUUAAACCCAAUGAAGGUCAUCGAUACAUUAUUGUCCACGCUGGGACGAACGAUGGCUUUAUUGGUGGGGCAAGUUUGAUUUUUAAAAGUGGAAAAAAAACAGGGGACUAUCAUGAUAAUAUGAACAGGGGUAAUUUUGAAAAUUGGUUCAAGACUCAACUGGUGCCAAAUCUUCCUGAAAAAUCUUUAAUUAUUAUGGACAACGCAAGCUACCAUUCUGGCCUUUUAGAGAAAAUUCCCACCAAAUCAUGGACAAAACAAAGAAUGAUAGAAUGGUUAGGGGAAAAAAAUAUCGGCUAUCCAGAAAAGGCAAUGAAGGAUCAAAUAUGGAGCAUUGUCAGCGCAAACUGCCCCAAAGAGAAAAAGUACUACCUUGAUGAAUAUGUUAAGCCUUUAGGACAUAAAAUUUUACGGUUACCGCCAUACCACUGCCAAUUUAAUGCGAUUGAAAUGGUGUGGUCUCAGUGUAAACAAAAAUACGAUCAGUACAUUGCAAAUUUUAAGGGAUCACCACAAGAGGUUUUGGCAACAUGGGAAAGGGUUAUCGGGGAGAUUUCUAGGGAUAAUUGGGAGAAAUACGUAAACCAUACGGACAAAGUAAUACAAGAGGCUUGGGGAGCAGUACAAGUUUGUGAUGCUUCUGACAUCCCGCCUCUUGUUAUCUACCGACGCAGAUGACGACCUUACU